AGAUGUGCGUGUGCGGCUGAGUCGGUUGCAGUGACUGUUGGGGGUAGAAGCCGCUGGGACCAAUCCGAUUACAGGAAAGGAACACUAGACAGAGAAAGAAGAACGACAAGAACAGUCGAUCCGUGCCGAGUCGCCCUCCUGACGGGCUCUUUUUGCAAAUAUGGCCUACAACAGAGGCUACAACCCGGACGAGCUGCCUCGAUUCGCGGAACCAGAGCAAAAAGACAAGCCUGCGCCAUCUCCCUCUUUGCGCUACGAGAACAAGCCACCCCCACCGCGCCCAUCUGAGCAGCGACCUCCUCCCACCGACCGCUACCGAUCCGAGCGACUAUCCCCGAGACCCCAGGAGCGCUACCAAAUGACCAACCCAUCUCCUACUAGCGGAGGCCAGCCUUCGCCGAUAACAGUAUCGCGGCCCCCGCCCAGCCCUGCCCCUCGCGACACGGGCGCCGACCCGACUCUGCUGCCGCUGUUUAGAGCCGUGGAUAAGGAUGGCACGGGUCAGCUGUCGGAGAAGGAGCUUUCGGCGGCGCUCGUCAAUGGCGACUGGACCCCGUUCGACCCGCAGACGGUGCGCAUGAUGAUCCGCAUGUUCGACAGCGACCGGAGCGGCACCAUCGGCUUCGAGGAAUUCUGCGGCCUGUGGUCGUUCCUGGCCUCGUGGCGCACGCUAUUUGACCGGUUCGACAACGACGGCAACGGCACCAUCAGCCUGGACGAGUUCAAGGCCGCCCUCAUUGCCUUCCGCUACCGCCUCACCGACAGCUUCAUCGCCGUCCUCUUUAAGACUUACGACAAGCGCGGCAUGGGCGGCAUGAGCUUCGACCUCUUCGUCCAGGCCUGCAUCAGCCUCAAGCGCAUGACCGACGUCUUCAAGAAGUACGACGAAGACCGCGACGGGUUUAUCACGUUGAGUUUUGAGGACUUUUUGAUCGAGAUUCUCCGCCAAAUCAACAACUGAUGAUUCGAGGCUGCUAAGCGGUUUGCAUGACCUUUGCUCUUUUCUCAUUGGCUGAACUGGGUGGACAUGUUUUUUUCUUUUUUCUCUAUCUGUGACGACGAUAAUGGCAUUUUUUGGUUGGAUUUAAACUGCA